AUGAUAAUAAUAUUUAUUUUUCUUUACGGAAAGAGUGCUGUCGGUAAUUCAAUUUGUGGAAGUGAAGAAAGAAAUUUUCCAUUUAUAACUGGAAUCUCAUCAUCCUCUAUAACUCAAAAGGCAAAAACGCCUUAUCGAAAAUAUGCUGAUCAAAAAUUAGUUGUUGUUGAUACGCCUGGCCUAUUCGAUACGAAGAAAUCAAUCACUGAAACAAUGGAACAAUUAAGAAUCGGUUUUCAACUUGCUGCAGCGGGUCCUCAUGCUUUUCUUAUUGUUGUCUACGGUCGCUACACAAAUGAAGAUCAAUUAGUAUUCGAUAUAUUACAGAAAAAAUUUGGACAGUAUUUAAUGGACUAUUUUAUUCUUAUUAUUACUCAUGAAGAUGAAGUACGAAACGAUGAUAAACACAUAUCUGAUAAUGAAGUUAUACGAAAAUAUUUUCAAGAGGUACCAAAAAAAUUACAAGAAUUCUUGAUAAAAUGUAACAAUCGUUUUAUUCUCAUCAAUAAUCGUGCUUCAUUCAUAGAACAUGAUCGAAAAAUUUCGAUGCUUAUCGAUAUAAUCAAACAAAAUGAACAAGAUCAUGCAAAUAGUUUUUAUAAUCAAGAAAUGUUUGAUCAAGCAGAAAGACAUGAUCAAGAAUGGAACAAUGAUGAAUUUGAUCAUCAAAGAAAAGAAUGGGAAAAUGAUGAAGAAGAGAUGAAUGAAAAAGUAUGA